CGCUCACCGCACGCCAAAAUGGACGCCGCUGGCGCGUGCGCCGCCGGCCGCGGGCCGUAGCUGGGGCAGCGGCGGUGGAAUCGGUGACAGUGUCGGUAGCGGCGGGGGUAGCUGUCGGUGGACUGUCGGCUGCGUCGGCGGUCGGCGGUGACAGGGCCCGUGCGGCCCACCUGCUCACUGGCCAGCGGGACGGCCGGUCCAGGGGGACGGACAGGUGGGCUAGUGGACCGCACCCCCCGGCUCAGUCGGUGGUCAGCGCUCGUGCGUGAGGGUGACGGCCGGACUGCCGGGAGGUGGCACCUGAUCGUAGUGUGGACAGGAGACGGAGCUUUUUGGCUCUAGUGUUUUCGUCCGACUUACAUUCUGGUUUAGAAUCGUCUCUAAAGCGUUUCCAGCACACAAAUUUCACGGGCGAUUCAAAACGAAGAGGUUCGGACUAAUGGAGCCUAUAGGAGUUCCGAGUGAAUGAAAAUCGAGAGGCAUCCCUGAUAACGAUUCUGUACUGGAACUUUGCUCCGGCUGGCUGAUUCACCGGAGCAUCACGUGGUAUACCAAGCCGUCUCUGGAGCUGCGAAGCUGCGAUACUGUGAGUUAAGGAAGACUGAUCGCUACUAGCCCCGGCGCCUCAGUGGCUGACCCAGUGGCGGAUUAUUCGUUCAGUGCCGCGUUUGUCGUGCUGUGGACAGUGACAAGUGUGUGAGGACAGUGACGGCGAUGCUCGCCUCCGAGUCGCCGUGCCGGAUGUACGGCGGAAGCGGCGAGCGCGCCCCGGGCGGCGGAUACACCGCCUGCUUCUCGGGCCACUACAGCCCGCCGCCGAGCUACCGACACCACGAGACGGGUCGGCGCGGCCUGCUCGAUCACACGGGACCUCUGCUGGGCGGUCUGAAUGACGCCCUGCUGGGCCGGGCUGGCGCGCUGGCCGACAUGGGUCGUCACGGCGUGGCUCCGCCACCGGCCGAGCAGCUGGGGUACGGCGCGGCGCACCCGUCCAUGGCGGCGCCGCACAGCCCUCCCACCUCGCUGCCGCCCGCCGUGUGGGACAUGGUGUACGGCGGGGCGCCCCCGCCGGCGCCCCCGGUGCCGCAGCAGCACCGGCCGGCGCCCCCGCCUCAGCACCGGCCGGCGCCCCUCACUCCGCAGCCACAGACGGCCGUCAAACACCAGUCGUGUUCGGCUGACGGAAUGGAGAGUCUGGAGCUGCUCGAGCCGCUGUGUGCGUCCUCUGCCAGCGCCGGGUCGCUGACGGCGCUGACAGCUCCGGCCGUGGACAGCCGGCCGCCGCCCCCGCCCCCGCACACCUCCGCGGCGAUGUUCGGCCUGCCGCUGCACCCUCCGCUGUCGGUCGUCCCCGCUGACUCCGCCGACGCCGACCCGCGCGAGCUGGAGGCCUUCUCCGAACGCUUCAAGCAGCGGCGCAUCAAAUUGGGGGUGACCCAGGCCGACGUGGGCCGCGCGCUGGGCGCGCUCCGGCUGCCGGGCGUCGGGGCACUCUCCCAGUCGACCAUCUGCCGGUUCGAGUCUCUGACGCUCAGCCACAACAACAUGCUGGCGCUGCGGCCCGUGCUGCACGCCUGGCUGGAGGAGGCGGAGGCGCAGGCGCGCGACCGCCGCGCCGACCCGGCCGCGCCGUCCGUGCUGCCCGGCGACGACAAGAAGAGGAAGCGCACCUCCAUCGCCGCCGCCGAGAAACGCUCGCUGGAGGCGUACUUUAGCGUGCAGCCGCGGCCCAGCGGCGAGAAAAUCGCCGCCAUCGCCGAGAAACUCGACCUGAAGAAGAAUGUGGUGCGUGUGUGGUUCUGCAACCAGCGCCAGAAGCAGAAAAGGCUCAAGUUUGUGGCGUUACGGCGCUGACCGACGCCCUGCCGACUUGAUUCCGAAGGGAGAGGCGAAGCUACCGGAGUAUGAAUAACAUUAUAAUUUGCAUUGACCUGUGUGAUGCAGGCCUCAAAGGCUUGCAUUUCGAAGUAAGACUGCUACAUUGAAAUGCAUAGAAAGGAAAGAACAAUUAAGUUUCCACUGAUGUUGGCGAGAGGACCCGACGUACCAUCGUGCGGCAAUGCUAAGGGCGCUUUAUUGUCUCGUCCGAAGUUUCCUAGUGGUGUCGUGUUUAUUAGGGCAUUGGAGGACUGUGGUACGUAAGUACAAGGGACGCGGCUGGCCUACGAAGUGGCGAUUAUAUGGAGAAACGUACCUGCACGUGAAGCUCUUGUGUGUCCGAAAACCAGCGCAGAAUUUUAACGGUGCAAUAAUUUUCUUCUGAACAAUCCUCUAGUCAAGCGUGUUAUUCGAAUGAGUGGUAAACACUCGUGUGCCUACAAGUCGUCCUAGUCUAUGAGAGUUCAAGUCUAAGGCUCCAAAACAAUUAUAGAUCUCAAGGGUGUAAUUUCUCAUGAAACCGUUUCACUCAGGCAAAGUGCUUUUUUGCACAACGCCAUUAUGUUUUCCUUGCCAUUGUAAUCGUACGCCUGUUGAUCGCUGCUUGAAUUUGUGCGUGACGCGUGUAAUGUGUAACAUACAUAUGACCCGUAAC